AUGUCUGGACGUGGUAAAGGCGGUAAAGGGCUGGGAAAAGGAGGCGCCAAGCGUCACCGUAAAGUCUUACGUGAUAACAUCCAGGGAAUCACGAAACCAGCCAUCCGUCGUCUGGCCCGUCGCGGUGGAGUCAAGCGUAUCUCCGGCCUCAUUUAUGAAGAAACACGCGGUGUGUUGAAGGUUUUCUUGGAGAACGUCAUCCGUGACGCAGUGACCUACACCGAGCACGCCAAGAGAAAGACCGUUACAGCUAUGGAUGUGGUCUAUGCCCUCAAGAGGCAAGGGCGCACACUCUAUGGUUUCGGCGGUUAA